ACACACAGAGAGAGAGAGAGAGAGAGAGAGAGAGAGAGAGAGAGAAUGGGAUUGGGAAUGGAGCGGAGAAUAACGUCUGCGUUAUAACUACAGCGAAUUCCCAACAACUGGAAGUGGCGGCGGGGGGAAAUAAAGCACCGAAUCCCGAGUGAUAUAUUACCGUGCAGGAGAAGAGAAUAAAACACCGCAGCCAUGCGAUGAAACACAGGGAGCAAAGGAGGCGAGAACACGGGAGGAAAAACAUGGGCGCAGUGCUGCGGACUCUCUUUUUGUGUACUUUUUGUUUGCAAAUACGCGCCGUGCCUCUCCUCCUGUACGCCAACAGGCGCGACUUGCGGCUGGUGGACGCGGCCCAGGGACGCGCCGCCAACGCCACGGUGGUGGUGAGCGGCCUGGAGGACGCGGCGGCCGUGGACUUCGUUUACAGCGAUGGUCUGAUCUACUGGAGCGACGUGAGCGAGGAGGCCAUCAAACGGGCCGUCUUCAACGGCUCGGGCUCCGGCGCCCAGAGCACGGUGGUGUCGGGCCUGGCCUCGCCCGACGGACUGGCGUGCGACUGGUUAGGGAGUAAACUUUACUGGACAGACUCAGAAACGAACCGCAUCGAGGUAUCCGAGCUCGACGGUACGCUCAGGAAAGUGGUGUUCUGGCAGGACCUGGACCAGCCGAGAGCGAUCGCCCUGGAUCCGGGCAGAGGGUACAUGUACUGGACAGACUGGGGGGAGAUCCCCAAGAUCGAGAGGGCAGGUAUGGAUGGCACGAAUCGAGGCGUGAUCAUCGACAGCGAUAUCUACUGGCCCAACGGGCUCACGCUGGACUACAGCCAGCAGAAGCUUUACUGGGCCGACGCCAAGUACAACUUUAUCCAUCGCUGCAAUCUGGACGGCACGGGGAGAGAGGUGGUGGUGAAGGGCGCGCUUCCACACCCCUUUGCCCUAACGCUGUACGAAGACACGCUGUUCUGGACCGACUGGAAUACGCACUCCAUCCACUCGUGCCAGAAGCAGACCGGGGAGGAACGCCGCGAGAUCCACUCCAACAUCUUCUCGCCCAUGGACAUUCACGUCUUCAGCCAGAAGAGACAGCUCACGGAAGUGGCGAGUCUGUGCUCAGUGAAAAACGGCGGCUGUUCGCACCUGUGCCUGCUUUCUCCGGUCAAGCCGUACUACCAGUGUGCCUGUCCCACCGGCGUGCAGCUGCUGGAGGACAACAAGACCUGCCGAGACGGAGCCACGAGGCUGCUUCUCCUGGCACGGCGCACAGACCUGCGACGCAUCUCGCUGGACACGCCGGACUUCACCGACAUCGUCUUGCACACCGAGGACAUCCGGCACGCCAUCGCCAUCGACUACGACCCUGUAGACGGCCACGUCUACUGGACAGACGAUGAAGUGCACGCGAUCCGCCGCUCCCGGUUGGACGGCAGCGACGCGCAGCUGCUCGUCACCUCGCAAGUGAAUCACCCGGACGGCAUCGCCGUGGACUGGAUCGCCCGCAACCUCUACUGGACCGACACAGGCACCGAUCGCAUCGAAGUGACCCGCCUUAACGGUACCAUGAGGAAGAUCCUGAUUUCCGAGGACCUGGAUGAGCCCAGAGCUAUCGUCCUGGAUCCUGUCUCGGGGUACAUGUACUGGACCGACUGGGGCGAGAUCCCUAAGAUCGAGCGCGCUACUCUGGACGGAACCGAGCGAGUCGUGAUGGUGAACACUUCCCUGGGAUGGCCCAACGGCCUAGCGCUCGACUACACGGAGAGGAAAAUCUACUGGGGGGAUGCCAAGACCGACAAGAUCGAGAUGAUGAACAUGGACGGAACGGGUCGCCGGAUCUUGGUCGAGGACAAACUUCCGCACAUAUUUGGCUUCACCCUGCUGGGCGACUACGUUUACUGGACGGACUGGCAGCGGCGGAGCAUCGAGCGCGUGCACAAGCGCACCGCCGAACGGGAAGUGAUCAUCGACCAGCUGCCUGACCUCAUGGGGCUGAAGGCCACCUACGUCCACCAGGCUUUCGGGACGAACGCGUGCGCCGAGAACAACGGCGGCUGCAGUCACCUGUGCCUGUUCAGGCCACAGGGCGUGGCAUGUGCGUGUCCCAUCGGCCUGGAGCUCAUGGGCGACAUGAGCACGUGCAUCGUGCCGGAAGCCUUCCUGCUCUUCUCACGUCACACUGACAUCCGGCGUAUCUCCCUCGAAACCAACAACAACAACGUGGCCAUCCCGCUCACCGGCGUCAAGGAGGCAUCAGCGCUCGACUUCGACGUUACCGACAACCGCAUCUACUGGACCGACAUCACACUGAAGACCAUCAGCCGAGCAUUCAUGAACGGCAGUGCGUUGGAGCAUGUGGUCGAGUUUGGUCUGGACUAUCCAGAGGGCAUGGCGGUGGACUGGCUGGGCAAGAACCUGUACUGGGCUGACACCGGCACUAACCGCAUCGAGGUGGCAAAGCUGGAUGGCCAGCACAGGCAGGUCCUGGUGUGGAAAGACCUGGACAGUCCACGAGCUCUAGCGCUGGACCCGGCUGAAGGUUUCAUGUACUGGACCGAGUGGGGUGGGAGACCCAAGAUUGACCGCGCAGCCAUGGAUGGAACCGGACGCAUCACGCUGGUGCCCAACGUGGGUCGUGCUAACGGGCUCACCAUUGACUACGCUGAGAGGCGGCUCUACUGGACCGACCUGGACACCACGCUUAUCGAGUCUUCCAACAUGCUUGGUCUUGAGCGUGAGGUGAUCGCAGAUGACUUGCCCCACCCUUUUGGUCUCACGCAAUACCAAGACUACAUUUACUGGACGGACUGGAGCCAGCGCAGCAUCGAGCGUGCUAACAAAACCAGCGGGCAGAACCGCACGCUCAUUCAGGGCCAUCUGGACUACGUCAUGGACAUCCUGGUGUUCCACUCGUCACGUCAGGGAGGCUGGAACGCCUGCGCCUCCACCAACGGCCACUGCUCGCACCUGUGCCUGGCCGUGCCCAUCAGCAGUUAUGUGUGCGGCUGCCCGGCGCAUUACUCGCUCAACGACGACAACAAGACCUGCAGCGCACCCACCUCUUUCCUACUGUUCAGCCAGAAGUCCGCUAUUAAUCGCAUGGUAAUGGAUGAGCAGCAGAGCCCUGACAUCAUCCUGCCCAUUCACAGCCUGCGCAACGUGCGAGCCAUCGACUACGACCCACUCGACAAGCAGCUCUACUGGAUCGACUCCAAGCAGAACGUCAUCCGUCGUGCCCAGGAGGACGGCAAUCAGAGUAUGACCGUGGUGUCCAACGCGGUGGGGGGCCACAAUCUGGGCUUGCAACCGUUUGACCUGAGCAUCGACAUCUACAGCCGCUUCAUCUACUGGACCAGCGAGGUGACCAACGUAAUCAACGUGACGCGCCUCGACGGCUCGCGUGUCGGAGUGGUGCUCCGUGGAGAGCACGACAAGCCCCGGGCCAUUGUGGUUAACCCCGAGAGAGGGUACAUGUACUUCACCAACCUGCAGGAGCGCUCUCCUAAGAUCGAGCGGGCAGCUCUGGACGGCACUGAGCGAGAGGUGCUGUUCUUCAGUGGCCUGAGCAAACCUGUCGCCCUCGCCAUCGACAACGAGCUGGGCAAACUCUUCUGGGCCGACAUGGACCUGCGUCGCAUCGAGAGCAGCGAUCUAUCUGGCGCCAACCGGAUUGUGAUCGAGGACUCCAACAUACUGCAGCCAGUGGGUUUGACGGUGUUCGGAAACCACCUCUACUGGAUCGAUCGUCAGCAGCAGAUGAUCGAGCGCAUCGACAAGACGACGCGAGCGGGACGCACGAAAAUCCAAGCUCGGAUUACCGCCCUUACGGACAUCCACGCGGUCCACGAGCUUCACGUGGACGAGUACAAUAAACACCCCUGUACCUUAGACAACGGAGGAUGCUCCCACAUCUGUAUCGUGAAGGGGGAUGGAACGACGCGCUGCUCCUGCCCUGUUCACCUGGUCCUCCUGCUGGACGAACUUUCCUGUGGAGAGCCGCCCACGUGUUCCCCGGAGCAGUUCUCGUGCACCUCGGGAGAGGUGGACUGCAUCCCGCAGGCCUGGCGCUGCGACGGAUACGUCGAGUGCAAAGACGAAAGCGACGAGCACGACUGCCCCGUGUGCUCGGACGACGAGUUUCAGUGCGACAGCAAGCAGUGCGUGGACCUCUCACUGCGCUGCAACGGAGAGAUCAACUGCCAGGACCGCUCGGACGAGAACAAGUGCGACGUUCAUUGCCCUCCGGAUCAGUUCACCUGUAACAACGGUCAGUGCAUUGGCAAGCACAAGAAGUGCGACCAUAACACGGACUGCACAGACAAUUCGGAUGAAAUUGGCUGCUACCCCACAGAGGAGCCUUCCCCACAGCCCACCAACACCAUCGGCUCCAUCGUCGGCGUGGUGAUGACGCUGUUCGUCGUGGGCGCCGUGUACUUCGUGUGUCAGCGCGUCCUCUGCCCACAGAUGAAGGACGACGGCGAGACCAUGACCAACGAUUUUGUCGUGCACGGGCCGUCCUCUGUGCCGCUGGGCUACGUGCCGCAUCCGAGCUCCCUGUCCGCCUCCCUUCCAGGCAUGUCUCGUGGGAAGUCUGUGAUUGGCUCGUUGAGCGUCAUGGGCGGAAGCAGCGGACCGCCGUACGACCGUGCUCACGUAACGGGCGCUUCCUCCAGCAGCUCGUCCAGCACUAAGGGCACUUACUUCCCUCCUAUCCUGAACCCUCCUCCUUCUCCAGCUACAGUGCGCUCUCAGUACACAAUGGAGUUCGGCUACUCGUCCAACAGUCCCUCCACGCACCGCUCGUACAGCUACAGACCAUACAGCUACCGGCACUUCGCUCCUCCGACCACGCCGUGCAGCACAGACGUAUGCGACAGCGACUACACGCCCGGCCGCAGAGCACAGCCCAUCUCCUCCAUCGUCAUGGCCAAGGGCUACGCAAGCGACGCCAACUACGACUCGGAGCCGUUCCCGCCACCACCCACGCCGCGCAGCCAGUACCUGUCAGCCGAGGAGAACUGCGAAAGCUGCCCGCCCUCGCCGUACACAGAGCGCAGCUACUCGCAGCACCUGUACCCUCCGCCUCCCUCACCCUGCACCGACUCGUCCUGAGCCCCACCAACCACGUCCAUAGCCCCGCCCCCACCCCGCCCAACCAUCUCAAUCAGUGUAAAUAGCAUCUGUGCAUAGAAUGACUUUUUUUUUCUUUUCUUUUCUUUUCUUUUCUUUUUUCUUUUUUUUUUUUAAAUAAAGAAGAGUGACUGAUGUGUAUGUUGUUCUGUAAAGAACGAGAAACAGUUUUUAUGGGGGGGAAAAAAGACACUUUGGCGUGCAGAGGUGGCGGAUACUUGUAAAAAAAAAAAAAAAAAAAAAAUGAGAAAGAAAAGAAAGCAUAUUUAUAUAUUUUCUAUACAGCGUUUAUCGGUAAUGCCAUAGAGCUUUGUAUUGCUAAAAAAAAAAAAAAAAAAUUUGUAAAUUUUUUUUUUUAAAGAAGAAAGUUUUAUUAAAUUCACACAGACAUCACGUUGCCUUAAACCGAGAGUGCGUAAUCAAGCUACCUGUUCAGGAGGCUGGAGCGCUCGGGGGGAAACCUGAGGAGAGGACUGCAGGUUGUCACAUUUUUCUGAUGCCAAAAAAAAAACGAGGCGGAGAGACGGGACGGAGAAGGAGAUUGGAGCCUCGCUGUGGCUCUCGCUGGCAUUACACCAGUCAGCUCUGUUCACUGGGGCCAUUUUGUCUGAAGCUCAACCACUAGAUCUUCUGAUCAGCCAGUCCACCUAGAGCUCUCCUACGAGCUCACAGGAGAACGUGUUGCUCCGGGUGACCUUUUUCCACCCUGUUGUCGCGUUCGUAUUUGUGUCGAGCGCAGCGUGGCGCUACCGGAAAAGGAAAAGCUAUGAACUGUAGCAAUAAGAAAACGACAGCCGGUCAGACUGACGUGUGGUGCUGCUGAAAAGUGGCUCUAAAAACGAGCUCCAGGACACAUGAGGAAACGCCACUCUACAGUCUUGAGCAAAUAACCAAAAUCUUCACUUUUGCCUCAAAUGAUUAUGAUUUUUUUUGUUUGGGGAUUUUUUUUUUCUUUUCUUUUUUUCCCCUCCUCCUAUCACACCUUACUGCAACUGCACACCAGACACGUCCCUAGCAGGAGGUCACAACUCGGAGCACGUCUCUCAUAUACUCUGUCCUUUCUCCCUGCCAUCUCCUCACCAGCCAUCAGCACUGUGUAUUCCUUAUGGGAAUUAUAUAUUAAAAAUAUUCCUCACAAACAUUCAAUACACAAUCAAGGACAAGUUUAUCGUGCCUCAGCAGUUUUUGAUUUUCGUUUUUUUUUUUUUUUUUUUUUAUAAAAAAGCUCUUUUAAAUCAUUAUUUUGUUGUUUUUUUUUUUUGUUUGUUUUUUUUUGAAGACUACCAGUGCCCAUAAAAUGUCAAAAUAUUUUUGUACCACAUAUUGUAUAGAUACCAUAUUUAUAAGCUAUAAAAGGAAGAAAACUUGUAAAUCUC